AUGGGCAUGUUUCUAGGGCCUCCCCCACCUGAUCUCCUCCGAAUACGUCUCGCGCACGCCUUGGGCUUCCCGAAUUACCCCAACGACGACACCGUCGAACCGUACAUCAACUACCUUCUGAACCAGCACGAUGCUCGUGGUACUCCAGAAUACGAAGAUCUUCUCAUAACCAUAGUACAAUACUUCAAUGGCCCUCAGCCCCUUGGGUCAAUGAAGAGGAGUAUUGAAGGGCUGCUACACUCGCUAUCCAACCACCCGAACACACAAUGGCACGAAGAGGACACGGUAGUGCGCGCUAUUGGCAGCUGCACACUGUUACUGAGCUCGUUCACCGAUCUACCAACUGUAGCCGGUAAGCUCCGAAUGGUGACGGCAAGCUACAAUCUGCGCAUGCACGGAAGCCUGCUGGGUGGCCAGCCAUACUUCGAGAGCUUGGCAGAAUUGGUAGCGGGCAGCGGCUUGCUACCAGCGCCUGUUGCAUUCGCCUCUGUGGUGACCAUGGCAGAUUUAGAGUCCUUGGAGUCGCUCUUUGUUGACGCCACCCACCUCAACGCGUACAGAUUGACUGUGUUCGGAGCAGUGGAAAUCACCUGGACUCACAACAUCUCCCGGCACCUCCUGCUAUCGAACCGCAACGGACGUCGCAUACUUGAGAUCUUCGCGCUACCAUGCGCCUUAGAUGCCGCUCCCCUUAGGAUGGUUGGUGUUGGUAAUGAGCUGGCGCAAGAGGUCAUGGAGUCAUACAGCUUGCUAUUCAACGCCUGGCCCUCAUUGGGUCCUCAUGCUAAGCUUGGUUUAUGGGGAAACUUUGGCAAGAACAAGCUGCCUGUAGACUCAUUCAGUAGCUUGAUCUUGCAAGCGCGACGAAGGCUUCUACCCGACGACGAGUCGACGAUCAAACAUCCAUGGCCGCUGCCCGUCCCCGAUCUCGAUAUCACGCAAGACACCGAUGGCUCGCUCUUCCAGACAGCGUCCCAUCUACCAUCAGAGCUCCACGUAAUGCUUGAUGAUCACGAAAUCGCAGGGCAAGAUCCGCUAUACGCACUCGCACCUAUCCUCCUGUUCGCAGCUGCCUCAGAGAUCCAGCUACUAUCAACACUUCAAAAAUGGUACGACAUAAUCGCAUCGACGAAAUGGGAUCGGAAGUACUCAACCGAGCAUCUGGAACAACUCAUAAUGCACAAACACCUCCUGGAUGACCACGCAAGUCGACACGAAGAGGUUCUCCGAUUCAUCAGCUCGCCAAAGCUGGCUCGAUGGGCAGCCAACCUCACACAAGACCAGAGCGAUGUAGCCCAGGAAGCCAAAGACGCAGUCAAGGCCGACUUUGAAUUCCUUCGAUCGCGAUGCCGCCAGCUCUCGCUGCACUAUCAGGAAGCGAUAUCGAUCCUAGUCAGUGCUACUUCUCUCGCGGAGUCGCAGAAACAGAUCACGCUAGCCACCCAAGUUACGAAGCUCACUAUACUUGCGACCAUAUUUCUUCCGCUUUCGUACUGCACUUCGAUAUUCGGCAUGAACUUUGUCGAGUUGGAGCAGUUGAAUAUAUGGAUCUGGGUAGUCGUCACGGUGUCGGUUGGGAUCGUCACUUUCGUUGUUUAUCAGUGGGAUGAGAGGCAAAGACUGUGUAAUAUUUGGAUUACGAUGAAGGCUAGGUUUCGUUUCAUGCGCUGGCGACGCGAUGACACGUUGACAGUAUAA